AACGUGUGAAGAGAGCUGUGGCACAGUUUCACACUCUUGAAUCUUACCAUUGGCGCAUAUCAUUGGGUGAAAAAUGGGGUAUAGGAUUGUUUCCACAUUAUGGAGUGACUUUCUUGGCAGAUCACAUUGAUAAUCUUACUUACACCUUACAAGCCUUUGCGAAUGAAACUAUCAAAGGUUUUCAAUUUUUGACGGAUACUCAAAGGAGUCAUAGGUUGACGUUGUUGAAACAUGAUAUGGCUCUUGACUAUAUUUUGGCUAAACAAGGAGGAUUGUGUGUCGCUCUGAAUUUAACAGAAGAUGCUUGUUAUACUUUGAUUCCGGAUAGUUCUGAUAAUCUUACUAGUGUGAUUGAUGCUCUUAAGGUCUUGAGAGAUGCUUUUGGAGCAUCUGAGGAUUCUGGUUGGUCUGCUAUGGCUUGGUUGGAAGGCAGAUUUGGUUCAUUUGGAGCUAUGAUAGUACAAGGAGUAGUAGCUGUAGCAUUGGCUCURUUGGUGAUGGUUUGUUGCUGCACAGUUAUGCUGACGUGUGCGAAAGCCUUGAUUUUGAAAUGGGUUGGUGUUGUGGUGCUGGGAGGUCAAGUUCAGAUGCCAUUGCUUCGCGGUGAUGUGUCAGAUGAGGAGGAGGAGUUUGAAGUACAUCAGGAAAUUCUGGAGAUGUACCCUUAUUAAGUUGUUUGUUUGAAGUUUUUUCUAUAAUUUGAGGGCUCUGUUUGUCAGAAUGAGUGAUUUUAUUUGUGAUAUGAAGUUUUCUCAUGUUUUUUUUUUUGUCUAUGGAGGUUAGACAUAAUGUCUUUUGUUUGAAUUUUCAUUUGUAGGUAAGUGAUUUGGGCUUAGAUAGAUUGAUUUUUGUUUUGUUUUUAUUUUUUGUUUUGUCAUGAUUCCAACAUUUGAGAUUCUGUGUCUUCAUAUUUACAUGAUGUAGAGGUUUUGGUACAAGGGGGGUGGACAAGAGUUAAAGGUUCACACAAUCAGAGAUAAGCUUCAGUGAUUAAACUUGUGGUUAUAAUUUUAAGACACAUGACAUUGAUUUUUGUUUUUAAUUUCCAUACUGAAUGUGACAUUUAUUUUGCACAAGAGAUUGCCGUUUGUUUUUCUGUCAUUCCAGGUGAUGACAUGCGCGUUUUGGUGUUUGAAUGGACUUUGGACACUGGACUUUAAUGCUCAACUCAG